CUCUCAAGCCCUCUCCAGACGUCAAGGCCACCAUGCACUUCGCCUUCCUCACGUCGCUCCUCGUCGCGGGCUCCAUCGCCUCGGCGGCGGCCUCCGAGAACAUCAGCGAGCGCCAGGCGCCCGCGCUGCCGGGCUCGAGCAGCGGCAGCAGCAGCUCCGGCGGCGCCACGACGCCGCCGAACCUGCCCGGCGUGUCGGCCAAGUCGAUCGUCGUGCCGUUCGACGACCCCACGUCGUUCGACCGCGGCCAGGGCCUGAGCGCACAGACGUUUGCCGCGCUGCAGGCCGCCUCGGGCCAGGCCAUCUCCCAGUACGACGCGGGCCUCGAGCCGACGGUCGAUGACCCCACCGUCUUCAAGCCGGUGGACCUGCAGGGCGUCAAGUACUCGCAGAUCCAGACUCAGGACGGCAAGCUCAUCCUCGCGGCGGGCGGCAACGGCAACUUUGCCGUCGGUGCCGUCGGCUCGGCGGGCGCAGGUGUCGUGCUGCAGGCGGUCGACAACAUUGUGGCACAGGACGACCAGGGCAACAUCUUCGUCUACUGGCCCGCCACGAUGAAGUCGCUGGGCGUCUCGCGCAUCCGCAUCGUUGACCCCGACUUUGUGCCCAAGGGCGCUCAGCUCGUCACGCUCGCGCCGCUGGCCGUGCCGGGCCAGUCGUCCGGCGUGUACCAGGCCGUCGACACGCUGGGCGGCAACUUCUUCCCCAUCGUCUGCACCUACGUCGAUGGCUCCGCAUCCAAGGUCUUCCUCGCGGCCGACCCGGAGAAGGGCGUCGCGGCGCUCAAGUCGCAGUCGAACCAGGCUGCCAUCACGGGCGGUGUCGUGCAGGACUGCGCCUACAUGCCCUUCGUCUCGCCUGGCUACGCUGGAAACUGAUCCGUCACCUUCACCUUGCUGUAUAUACCGUGAUCUCGAGCCUCCGACUGAUAAUGACACGCGCCUGACCCAC